AUUUAGUUGCAGGAACAUUUGGGACUGUCUCCCUCGUCCUCGCGCUCCACGGCUGCGGCGCCAGUGAUCCUUGUAUAUCAGAGCAACGAGGCGUCCUUUUGUCGGGAAACCAACAUUUGAACCGAGAUCCCGGGGAGAAGACGCGACACGCAGCAAGACAACAAGCAAGGACAUGCAGAAGAGAGGUCAGUGAGGAGGAUGACAACAGAGGAAUAACGGACAGCGAAAGAGGGAUGAGAAAGAGACUGAAGUAAGAGGAGGAAGUGGAACUCUGAAGGGCCUACUGCGAGGGGUUGUCUGCUGCUGUCUGACUUUGCUGGAUGAGAGCAGGACGGGGCUCAGUGUGUGUUUGGCCUUGAAUCGUGGCUAUAUUUCAUCCUGACAGCCACAGUCAUCCAUCCCAUGUUGCUGAGCUGCAGUCCCAACGUACCCUGAGCGGAGCCGCCACCUCGUCUCGUCAGUGCAGGGAAACCUUCCCUAUACAAGGUUCUGCUUUUUUUUCGUUCCACAGUACAUCUGCCUAAGGAUAACUAGCACCACAGAGACUACCACAGCCUUGGCCAUGUUGACGUGAAUGUAACAGUGACUUACGGUGGGCGUCCUUAGAGUCAGACGAAGGCAUAGAUGCUCAGCAACAUAUCUAAGCAUUCCAGAGUAAUGUCCUCAGAGUAGUUUCUGUUUUUUCCUUUUUUUUGAGACAGAGCUGGCCUCUGCUCACGGUCAAGGCCCUCUAUCUCGCCCCAGAGAAACCUCAGCUGCCACAUUUCCCAGGAAGAACUAAUAAACUCCCCCAAAAUACUUUGAACGUACGGACUCGCUGCCUUUCUGUGCUACGGAAAAAACUGAAUAUUUUUGCUUCUCUUCCUCUCUGUCUCGCUGGGGAUUCUUUUUCUUGCAUGAACAUUAGUCACCCUUGCACUCGUCAGAUAUUUUUCCAUCCAUCUGCCCCGACCACUGUUUAGUGUUUGUAAGCGUCUCUGAUGGCUGUCAGCAUGAGCAUGGGACGGGACACCAAAUGGCUGACUCUGGAAGUGUGUCGUGAGUUUCAGAGAGGCACCUGCUCAAGGUCUGACGCCGAGUGCAAGUUUGCCCACCCCUCCCGGAGCUGCCAUGUGGAGAAUGGUCGAGUCAUCGCCUGCUUCGACUCACUGAAGGGACGCUGCACACGUGAGAACUGUAAAUACCUGCACCCACCUCCACACCUGAAAACCCAGCUGGAGAUUAACGGGAGGAACAACCUGAUCCAGCAGAAGGCUGCGGCUGCCAUGUUGGCUCAACAGAUGCAGUUUAUGCUGCCUGGAACACAGCUGCAGCCCAUAACCACAUUCUCGAUGACGCCCUCCCUGGCAACAAGUCCCAGUAUGGCGUUCAGUCCCUAUCUGAGCCACAUGGGCCCAGGCAUGGGCUUAAUGCCUGAACUGCUGCCCAGUACUCCCCUCCUGGUCCCUGGGAGUCCCACAGGCCUGGCAGCCAUGGGCAACGGCACCUCUGCACAAAAACAUGUGCGCACAGACAAGCUGGAGGUUUGUCGGGAAUUUCAGCGUGGUAACUGCACGCGGGGCGAGAGCGACUGCCGCUACGCUCACCCCCUGGAGGCCGGCAUGGUGGACUGCAGCGAGAACUCAGUCAUCGUUUGCAUGGACUACAUCAAGGGCCGCUGCAGCCGAGACAAGUGCAAGUACUUCCACCCGCCUGCUCACCUGCAGGCCAGGAUCAAGGCUGCACAGCACCAGGCCAGUCAGAACACAAUCACCAACACAGGCUUGGCUCUGCCGCCAGGGGUCAUGCAGCAGUUACCAAAGAGGCAGAUUGUAGAGAAGAGCAACGGAACUGCUUCUGCUGUCUUCAACCCCAGCAUGUUCCACUACCAGCAGGCCCUGGCUAACAUGCAGCUGCAGCAACCAGCCUUUAUCCCCACUGUUCCCAUGAUGCACGGUGCCACCACCUCCAAUGUUUCGUCGGCCUCGACCCCAGUCACCAAUGUUCCUUUCGCUGAAUCUGCCGCCUCAAAUCAGUAGAAACCUCAGAGCUUCUGACCUCUGAUCCAGUGGAGCUCCAGUGUGUUCCCAUGGAAACCCAUUUCUGUCCCGUCCCCAAACUGCUGAUGACAGCUCCAGUGGCGCUAAACUCAGUAAGCCUUUCCCGAAACACCAAUUAAAGUCCCUGAAACAUGCGCAGUACCGGGGCGGCCAUCUUUCUGAAUGCAGCGAACACGUGCCUCACCCACACUGCACACGACUGAGUGGCGAUGUGACACUUCUGUUCUGACAGUAGGAAAGCUGCGAUGGUUCGCGCAAUACAAGCCCGGACAUACUGCUGUUGCUUUAAAGCAGCCACCCUGAUGCAUACUGACUUGACCAGGCAGAGCAAUAUAGCUCCCUCGUUCCUACAGCCAUACAUGCCCACACCUUAAACGUGCAGCAGACAUAUGCACGCAAACACACACACACACAUACACUUGUAAGACUAAAAAGCCCUUUAUGGGUUGAAGCCAUGACAUGUGGCGACCCAACACAUUUGACUGUUCCAAAGUAUGAGACUCUGAAAAGAUGAUUCUGGAGAUUCAGACCGUUCAAGCAUCUCAUUGGUCUGCAUCCAAUACAGUUUGUCAAAAAGAAGGAGUGUUUCAUGUCAUGUCAUGUUUACGUUUCAAGGCUACAAAUGUGACACUGGUGUUGUGCCAUGUAAAGCGUUCACUUUGUUCUCAUGGGCUCCUGCCUGAAGUCAGUGAGUUGUUGUUCAUUUGUUUGUGCCUUUGGUUUUUAUCAGCUCAGCUGCAGAGGAGACGUAGUUUCCCACAAUAUACACUGAAGUACACAAAUACACUGAAAGAUGUUAUUAUUGCCAAUCAAAGGCCAAAUUUGUUGUUACGACAAAAUCUGUAUCGAACUAUAGUUCCUCUUAAUUCCUCCAGUAAUUACAGUGAUCACCACUUUAAAUUGUUUUAUAAAUAUUGAGUAUGAUUUGGAUCAGCGUUUCAAAGUCAGUAUCUGGUACUUACUGGAUAAUGGCAGCAAUGUUACUUUUCUUAUUUCUUCCUUUUAAUGAAAAGUCCUUAAAAAAACUAUAAAUGACAUAAAAUUGGGAUAUAAUCACUUGUGUACUGUCGGGGCUGUGUUGAGAGACUUUUCAGAAUGUGGCUCUUCAUUUCUGGAUCUAAGACACAAACUGCCUUAAAGCAGCUGAGGUGAUGUUUCGCUAUGUGGAAGCCUGUCUCGGUUUAACUCUGAAAGUUUCACAUCAGACAGCUCAACUCACUAAUGCUCUUGAAUUUGAGUGAAUUAUCUGGACUCAUGACUCGGUCAGUGAUUGUGUUGUGUCUGUAAUUGUCUAAAGAUUAAAAUAAGGUUUGCUUGUCCUGUUUUCACCGUGAGUUCACAUCCAAACAUGGUGUAAAAAAAACUACUGUUAAAACUGCGAAAAAUCCGGAUUCCCUGAAAUUUAAAACAAAGUUAUAUUUAUGAGGGUCAGAUCUGAGAUUACAGACGUUUUAAUUGGUACUUCUUAAACUUUUGAACCUGAUGUCAGAGAAGGAAGCUGGAUUUGUUUCCUGAUGUUGUGCCUAGUCUGUGUGCCAAGUGGUGGUAUAUGCAAGGAGCUGUCCCCAUUCAAUGCAAUACCUGAAUAACUCCUCCUAAUAAACGUCUCCCUCGUCACUGCAGAUAUGUAUUUUAAACAGGCAGUUUGUUUAAUGUAAGUGUCACCUCUCAUGUGGCUUUUGGAUCGAAUGAGCGGCACAAGAUUUUUAUGUUUCACGGCUCUUCAGGGAGAAAGCUUAGAACUUGAAAAUAUCCUGUCUGACUUUAAAUUGUGUCGUCUUUUCUACUGAUGUGUCCUGUUCGUCUUAAGUCGCCCGACUCUAAACAUCACAGCGAAGGUUGUUGUAACCAGGACUGAGUUGUGGAGAAGUUAGAAGAUGGAGGAAUGAAAAGGAAAUCACCCCUUUGACGUCCGAUGAUAAAAAAGAUAUUUACAAACCAGUUGGAUUUCUGGUUUGUAAAUGUCUGUGAGGAAUUGCUCUGACGGCAUUUGUGAAAUUUAAUGUAACGGCUUCGGGAACUGGGCUGAAAUAACUUUUGUCCAAAUUCAAACGUGCCUCUUAAAGUCUCCUCAAACCACUGCUGUCAAUACACUGUAAGAACAGACCAGUGCUCAAAGAUAGAUGUGUUAUUUGGUACAUUAUUAUUACGGUGAAUCAUAUCUGUACUAGCUUCUCCUCUUAGACAGCUGUGCUGUCCUAUUGUUAAUGUAAAGUAAAUAAAUCAGUGUAUCGUGUGCAUUGUUAAGUGUGUUGAGACAAUGAAUCGCAGAAUUGGUUUGUUGUAAAUGCUGCAGAUAAUACAACAUUUCCCACUGAACAUCAUUAAUUUAAAAUAACGUCAUUGUGUCGUGAAUGUAUCUAAAGCAAAAACUAUUCAUGCUCGCAGGCAUGUUGAAAUGUAAUGAUUCACUAUAUAUCGGCUAUUUCUUAGGUCACAAAGGUACCACGCUGAUGGUGUGUAAAGACAUAUAAAGUAUGUGUAUUGUUCUAUAGAUUUAUAUUUAAUGUCAGUGGGUGCUGUGACUACUUUUAGAAAUAUCUUUCACUCUCAGAGAAGGUAGAGCUGAAUUGUACUUUUUGAAGUACAAGUGUAAACCAUACAGGUACAUUACAGUACCAUUUAAGUCUAGCUAGUCAGUUUUUGUACCCCAACUGUGGAAAAUACCCAAAGUGCCCAAAAUGCACCAAUUAACAAUGAUGUAAUCAUUGGGCAAAUUUGAGACAAUUAGCAUGUCUGUUUUUUUUCCUGCAGUAUUUUGACCCUUUCUCGUGGUUUGGAUCGGACAGUUCUCCUCUGUGCUGUGGCCCUUGUGCUGCGACCCUUCUUUAGUGAACUCAAACUCUUGGUUUUGGGAGACUGCAUUAAUAAGGAAGUGUAGACAGACCAGCCAGUGGGAGAUGCAAGUGCAGCAACAGGUGACGUAAUCAUUCACUGGCUUCACAUCCGUGUCACUUAUGUUCAAUGAGGCAAGUUAGAACCCUUAAUAAUAAUAAUAUCCCUUAAAAGAACAGCACACUUACAUACUGAUCUCAUUUUUAUGAGUUAAAUAUACAGUUGAUUAGCUUAGCACAAAAACUGGAGGCAGGGGGAAACAACUAGGUUGGAAUUGUUGCAUCUUUCGUUCAUUGCUUAAAAUUGUGUUCUUUAGCAAUUUCUUGACAAACAACAAAGCGACAAUCUGGAAUCUUGUUGUUGCAGUAAAGUUGCCAGGCAACCCACACAACAGCCAGGUACGGUGACAUUCUGGAAUCUCUGGAAAACAUCAAUACGAAGAAUUGUUAUAAAAUCAAACACUCUCUGGAUACCAUGUCAUUUUAACAGUAUUCCUAAUGGCUUCAAACCCAGUCUGACAUUUCUGUUAAAGACUUGCUUGUUAUUCAUUGACCAAAAUUCUACAUCGUUGCAGAUCAAAUGUAAAAUGUAAAAAAUCUCUGCAAUGAACUAAAGCAUUGUUUUCCCUUGUCUCCAGUCUUUACGGUUCAAACUUCAAAUUACCAAACAGACAUGAGAGUGAUGUUAAUCUACUCAUCUACUUCUACAAAAAGAAGGUGAAUAUGUGUAUUUUCAAAAAAAAAAGAAAAGGAAAAAAAGAAAAGCUAAAGUAUUUAUUUAAACAUUUAGCACAUGUGGAUCACAUCCCACCGGACAACAGGUGUCACAUGAAGAGUGAUAGAACAUUUCAGUAAUUAAUGACUAAUUGUGCAAUAAAAAUGGAAGUUAUAAAUUGCAUUCUCAAAGAGAUUUUAAAUUCCAUUAUUAAGUGUUGAAUUGAAUAAUGUAUUUUUUAAGUCGUAUCAUGUUAUUGACUGUGUUAUAUGUUCUCAUUUGAUCCACUGAUUGAUGGACACACAUUUCAUUUGUGGAUUAUUUUUCAUAAUUCCUCUUUUUAAUUCCACUUACAAUAAUUAGAUUAUAAUGAAUUGACUAACAAAGACAUUUUAUGAUUGCAUAUUUUAUUGCACAAUUGAUGUUUUAUUAGUUUUUCUGUGACACAUGUUGUCCUCCAUAUAAAAACAGUAUCUAGCCUGUUAUAUGUCUGGUACCAUACAUCUGUAAAAUACCUUUUGUCACAGACAUAUACUGUAUUCUCUUUUAACUCUGUAUUUGAGGGUUUAGCAGCUAAUUUUAUUGAAAAACUUUCUCUCCUUUUAAUGAAAUUGAUGAUUAGAAUGUCUAAAAAAGUUCUCUCAAUCUUUCCGCUAGGAUAGUUUAGAUUUGUCCAGCCAAGAAAGCCCCUCCCUCUAUAGCCUUUAUCUCAUCCCCCCUUCACAUAAUUUUGCCUUGACUGAAAAAAAUCAGAAUACUUGAUGAAUAAAUUUUGACCCUUGAGGGACUCGAACUUAAAGUACAUUUAGACGUAUGUAUUGAUGCACAAGAGCGUCUUAGUUAGUGGAUUGCAGUGUGGCAUGAGAAAAAUUUUACUUCUUUCCUUUUCUUAUUCUCAUGUACAUGAUUUUCUCAAAUGCGAAAUGCUCUGAUCACUGCGUGCAUUGACCAGAACCUUUAGCAUGUGGACAAUUAAUUCAACGUACUUUUGUUUCCUAGGGCACAAACAAAGGGCCUUAUUUCUUGAUCACUGUAUAAAGAUAUGAUAGCUGUGUAUCAAAAUGACUUGUAUUAAUGGUAAGUU